UGUUUCCUCUCUCUCUCUCUCUCUUGUUCUGGUUCUCUAACAAGGUCAAACCCCAUUUCCUCAGCAGUCACAAUAUCUGUACCCCCAUCUGUAACUGGCGCUCACAUGCUUACCUGCGUCCCGUCUUGUUCGCCUUUGUGUUCAUAUCGGUGAUUAGAGCCCAUUCCCAUCCAGUCAUGACGGGAAAUAUCAGCAAGAUAGACAACGCCACCCUGUCCCUGUUUCAGAAUACAAACACCAGCAUCAUCAUUUCUGUUAUCUACAUAAUCGUCACUGCCAUUAACCUGGUGGGAAAUGGUCUUUCUAUGUGGCUGCUCCUCUUCCGUACCUCACCCAAGACUCCCUCCAUCAUCUUCAUGAUUAACCUCACCCUCACCGACUUGGCCCUCGGCUCUGCCCUGCCCUUUCAGAUUGCCUACCAGCUACAAGGAUACCACUGGAAACUGGGUCCCAGUAUGUGCAGUUUAAUGACCCUCAUCUUCUACACCAAUAUGUACUGUUCCAUCCUGACCAUGAUGGCCAUUGGUAUUGACCGCUACCUGGGCAUCAUCAGACCCAUGAUGUUCAGACAGACCAGGGAGAAAAAGUCCAUCGCUGUCAUCAGCUGCCUCCUCAUGUGGGGUUUAGUCCUGAGUGUUCUGUACCCGCUGAUGACCACAGACCUGACCUAUGACAUUCCUGAACUUGGGAUUACCACAUGCUUUGAUAUGCUGAAGAAAGACAUGCUCCCUUCUCUGUCGGCCUGGGCAACCUUCCUCUUCAGCAUGGUGUUCGUCCUCUUCCUCUUGCCUUUCUGUGUCACAACAUUCUGCUAUGUCAGUGUCAUACGCAAACUGGCUAGAGAUUCCAAGACUGUCCAGAAAGGGAGAGCAAUACGUUUGGCCUUCAUUGUUCUCUUGGUCUUCACCCUUUGCUUUGCACCCAACAACAUCCUCCUUUUGAUUCACAGUGUGCUGAGACUCUUCUACAAUAAGUCUCUCUACAUGGCCUACAAACUGUCUCUCUGUUUCAGCUGCCUGAAUAGCUGCCUCGAUCCGUUCAUUUACUACUUUGCUUCCAAGGAUUUCAGACAAAAGCUGAGACAGAUAAUCAAUCUGCAGAGCCUGAGUAGUGUGGACUCGAUGAGGAUGGAGCACAAAGAAAGGUUGUACUCAGCAGAGUGUACCACAGCAUAGAGAAAGGGAAUGUGAGACAAGAGUGCGAAAGGAAGUGAAAGUAAAGCAGAAUGUGUUAAGGGUUGCCCUGAGUGCGUCAGGCUCUUACAACGACAUUUCAACUGUUAAGUUUCAAAAUCAUUUUACUUCAGUUUUUAUGUGCACCGUAGAACAAAUGAAAAUAGACAGCAGCUAAGUCUCACUGCCUGAAAGAAUCUUUAUUUAUUACCAUAUGGAUGUUUUUUGUUGUUGUUGUUGUUGUUGUUUUAAGUGAGAAACCAUUCAUUAUCUGUAUAUUUUAAAAUCUGCUGCACGCAUCGUAACUACUUUUCUGCCAAAACAUGUAGCAUGCACACAUAACAUGUUUAUAUUACAUUAGUCUUCACUGCCUGAACAUAGCUCAUCUUUUAGCAUUUUUAACAUUACCUCUGUACAUGUCUCAGAGAACGUCUGUACUGUGAAUCUGUGAAUGGCGAUAGUUUCCUAUUCACCUUCUUCACUUGUUUCCUGUUCCUGUUUUUUAUUUUCAUGUGCUUUGUUUACCUCCUCGACAGAAUGAAAAAAUAAAUAAAUACAU